AGUUUUUACCACGCCCCCGAAAGUCGGUUUUCAUUUUACAGGAGUAAAGUUUGUCGGGGUCUGCGCAGGAUUUCGCCGUUCACCCCGUUCGCGAUUAUUAUUAUUUUUUACUGUCUGAAGGAUUAUUCUGGAAUGGUGGAGUAAAAGGGAGUUAUGGUGGUGAAUUCUGUGCACUGGUUCCGCAAAGGUCUGCGUUUGCACGACAAUCCGGCGUUACAGGAGGCCCUGAAUGGAGCGGACACGGUGCGCUGUGUUUAUAUUCUGGACCCCUGGUUCGCUGGUGCAGCUAACGUGGGAAUUAACAGAUGGAGGUUUCUGCUGGAGGCUCUGGAGGAUCUGGACUGCAGUCUGAAGAAGCUCAACUCCAGGCUGUUUGUGGUCAGAGGACAGCCGACGGAUGUCUUUCCCAGACUUUUCAAGGAGUGGAACGUGACCCGGCUGACAUUCGAGUAUGACCCAGAGCCUUAUGGGAAGGAGCGGGACGGCGCCAUCAUCAAGAUGGCCCAGGAGUUCGGCGUGGAGACGGUGGUCAGGAACUCGCACACGCUCUACAACCUGGACAGGAUAAUCGAGUUGAACAACAAUAGCCCUCCUCUGACCUUUAAGCGCUUUCAGACCAUCGUCAGCAGGCUGGAGUUGCCGCGGCGACCGCUGCCGGCCAUCACCCAACAGCAGAUGGACAGUUGUCAGAGGCAAAUAGGAGACAACCACGACCAGCUCUACAGCAUCCCCUCACUGGAGGAGCUGGGUUUCAGGACGGAGCGCCUGCCUCCUGCUGUGUGGCGGGGGGGCGAGUCGGAGGCCCUGGACAGGCUAAGCAAGCAUUUGGAUAAGAAGGUUUGGGUCGCCAGUGUUGAGCACACUCGGGUCAACAAGUGCUCUCUGUACGCCAGCCCGACGGGCCUCAGCCCCUACCUGCGCUUCGGCUGCCUGUCCUGCAGAGUUCUGUACUACAACCUCCGAGAGCUGUACAUGAAGCUGAGGAAACGCUGCAGUCCUCCUCUGUCACUGUUUGGUCAGCUCUUAUGGAGGGAGUUCUUCUAUACGGCUGCAACCAACAACCCCAACUUUGACCGUAUGGAAGGAAACCCCAUCUGUGUGCAGAUCCCAUGGGACCAGAACCCAGAGGCUCUGGCCAAAUGGGCAGAAGGACGGACCGGUUUCCCCUGGAUUGAUGCCAUCAUGACGCAGCUCAGACAGGAAGGCUGGAUCCACCACCUUGCGCGGCACGCCGUGGCCUGCUUCCUCACCAGAGGAGACCUCUGGAUCAGUUGGGUGAGCGGCAUGAAGGUGUUUGAGGAGCUGCUGCUGGACGCAGGCUGGAGCGUGAACGCCGGCAGCUGGAUGUGGCUGUCCUGCAGUGCCUUCUUCCAGCAGUUCUUCCACUGCUACUGCCCCGUGGGCUUCGGGAGGAGAACUGACCCGUCAGGAGACUACAUCAGGCGUUACAUCCCGAUCCUGAAAGACUUUCCCAACCGCUACAUCUACGAGCCGUGGAACGCCCCGGAAUCGGUGCAGAAGGCCGCCAACUGCGUGGUGGGGGUGGAUUACCCCAAACCUAUGGUCAACCACGCCGAGAGCAGCCGGCUCAACAUCGAACGCAUGAAGCAGGUCUACCAGCAGCUGUCCCACUAUAGAGGACUGAGUCUGCUGGCAUCUGUGCCGACCAUCCAGGAGGAGGCGGAGCCUCCGAUGACGGAUGAGUCUCAGGCCAGCAGCGGUCCAGACUCUCCUCACCGAGAUCCGGCAGACGACGAAGCAGCUGGCAGCUCCACUUUUCCCGACUCCUCUACUUCAGCUGCUCCGCAAGACAAGGAGGACUCCGCUCACUGCUACCACGCCCACCAAGUCUCCGCCCACAGUCCCUGCACCUCCUCAGAUUCCUCUGCACACGGCCCCCACGACAGAUCCAAACCCAGCUCGCCCUCCUCCUCCUGUCACACCAUGUCUCCUUCUCCCAGCCCAUCUACUCAGACCUCCCCCAGGAGGAGCAGCAGCUCACGGAAGGAGCGGCGAAGCCAGAGGCAGAAAGCACGACACGUCUGCUCUUCAUCAGUCAGAGACAACCAGAGGGAGGUAGAAGAGGAGAGGAUGGAGGAAGAGAUGGAGGACAGCGAGGAGAGGAUGGAGGAGGAGGCAGCAGGGCAGCAGCAGUGAAGGCAGGUGAAGGUGACCUUCAUCACCCAGGAGCUGUGAUCUCCACAGGAUGGAUGCCACGCAACAGGACAUGAAGGGCAGAGCAGCUGAUGGACUUCAGAAAAAGAUCUGUUGAAAUGAAACAUCUGACAAAUCUGACAUCAGAGGCUCUGGUUCUGCUGCUCUUCAUGCUCAGGAACUGGAACUGGAAGUCGUCUUUAUUUUUGAUUCUCUUAGUCUUAUAUUUGUGGACGGGUGAGGUUUCUGUUUCUGAACCUCAGAUCUUCUGCCGUCUGGAUCCGAUUUCACAUCAGUUUAGCGACGAAGACGUUCAGAGCCAGAAAAACGGCCUCAGUCGCACUCUAGCAGCAUCUGAGCUCCAAAAGAAAACCUGGUUUUUCUCAGGAGGAGCAAGCACAAGUCGAGCACCUUUUCUUUAGAAAAACAUCUGAAAAACUGGAACUGCAGGAGGUUCCUCACCUCUUUCAUUUUUUAAAUUCAGCUCCGAUCACUUCGGUAGCUUUGAAAAUCAGUUUUAUUGUUCUGCUAAAACUUCGAUUCAUUAAAAAAGUUUAAAAGUUAAACAAUUCAUAAAUAAAUUGAAAAAUACUGUCGUACAUUUCACUUCUCUUCUGCUGAAAACAGGAAAACAAAUCUACCAAAAGAUCAAUCAAAUUUAGAUUUACUGUUUUUUUCCCCCCAGUUACAUUUAAAUGUAAGUGGCAGAAAACGUGCAUCAAAGAGCGCCGUUGGGUCGGUCCAAAGCAAGGCAAAACAAACCAGAAACAGAACCGGGGAAGAAGGCUGUGUUUUUGGACAGGUGGGGGGGUCAAACAGGACAAAAGAAAAACAUAAAAGACGCAAACAAAAAACACACAAAACCAACUAGUGUCUGCAGGGUGAGAAGUAGAGAAGAAAAAGUUUUAAAGUCCCUCUGGGAUCCUCUUCAUCUCCUCAGACGCCUUCCCAGUGGUCUUUUAAUGAUGGUUAUGCCGUUUUUAGCCAAAAUUAAAAAAAAGGUUUUCUACAACAUGGUUUCUGUAGAGCGGCAGGACUACAUUCGAAAUUCACCUCUGAGUUGUGGGUGGGACUCCUGGCACAAAGCAACCCCGCCCCCCCCUUUCCCUCUGUUGAUAAUAGCAUCAGAAAUACAAUCUUUUAUACGGCAAUUUUUCCAUCUGCUCCUGAUUCACAACAAUUUAAAAACAAUGCAAAUAAUAAUAAUAAAAAAAAUACUUUAUAUAUGCCACAAGAACUAUUCUGACUAAGGAGGCAGAGGUGUCGACCUUCAUUCCUCAUGGAUAAGGACAAUAACAGACGAGCACUUUUCAGGCUGACGGCACAGCAUAUAGGCUGUUCCAUCACUCCGUUUACAAAAUUCUUGCACUUAGGAACAAACGGGCGCCAGGACAGACAUUUGUGAAAAACUCUACCAAAGGUGACAGUUAAAGAGCUGCUGCUCUGACACGUUGGGCCCAAACGGAUUUAUGGUUCUGUUUCCUCUCGGUUUUGUCCUCCGCAAAUACGUACACCUGUUCAUAUGGAAAUGUCCUGAAAGUCCUGAUUAUUUUUGCUAACCGCAGUGAUGUUUUCAUAGUGUGUCAGAUGGUGUCUCCUCGCUCGUUUGUCAUUAAGCACAUUAACACAAACACUAUAUUAACACUUUACUCGUAGAUCCUAGCUGCAACUGAAAUAUGCUUUUUGGGAUUUAUUUUCCUUAUAUUUAUCAGUUUGUAGAUACAAUUUGUAAAUCUGUAUUUUUGCUUUUAAGAUGGAAUGUUUUUUUCUAAUUGUUAUUCCAAAAGUGUCCACUAGGGGGCCCCAGAUUCAGCAGGAGGUCAGGGUGCAGAAAUUUUUACUUUUACCGUUUUGCAAAGGUUAAAACAGUUCAUAUUCAAGCAGAAAUAUCUUUUUUUUAAACAUUUUCUCGUAAUAAUUUGUGAUUUGUAAUAUUUUGGUUUCAAAAGGGAAGAAAAACGUUUUCCUUUUUGAGAAUCCAAAGACAGAAAAAUAUUUUUAUUCUAUUUAUGCUGGUUGGAGCAAAAAAGGUUUUCUCCUAAAAAAAUAUAAAUUUGUUUGUAGAAAUAAAGCUUUUCUUUUUAUUUAUAAUCACAUAUAAAAUAAAUAAUCAACUUUAUUUAGUUCAGAUUUGAAAACUGUCCCUAAGAGCAAUAAACCCAAAGCCAAAAUAAUGAAAUUAAUCAUAAAACAAGUGAAAUUUUGUGUACAUUUUCUUUCCUUAUAUCAUUUAUUUUAGACACGUUGCACAAUGCAUAAAACAUGUUUCCUGUUUCUUUUGUUUAAAAAUCCAAGCUUUUUAAAAUAACAGAUGAACGAAAAUGCAGCAAAGUUUGAGAUGAGGCUUUCCCACUUCAUUUCAGUUAUAGAUGAAUGAUUUACUUCAUUCGUUUUUUCUUUUAUUGAUUAAAAAGUAUAACGAACUGAAACUUUUUUAUCAGUUCAGUUGGACUCUUUCAUUCCGCAGAUGCCCAUCAUGCCGCUCACUGUCAUCUUUUAGGUUUGGAAAAUAACAAAGUCUCUUAUCAUUUUAAAAACUGACUCUAGCAACCUUGAAAUCCCACUGUCCCCGAAUGCCACACAAGCCCUGUUCUCCUGCAAUGAUAUUUAUUUGUUUUGUAAAAAUAUAUUUUCAAUAAAAUGGGCGAAUUAAUUAAAAU